CCCGGGUUAGGGGUUCAGACCACCAACGUCCAGCCUAUCCAUCACUCCACUUCACCAUUAAUCGAUUUCGCCCAAUCGAUAUCCCAGUCAAACGACCACUUCUCUCCAGUGAAACAAAACAAGAAACACCUACUUCCUCUUCUCCAUCCUUGAUCGUUAUCGUGAAGCGGUGACGAAGGUAUUAUAAUCAACUGCGGGGGCUCUGUUGCCGGCGGAUAUAUAUAUUCUUUUUGUGGCGAUGGCUUUAGAACCAGCUGAAAUUCAAAUGGGCGACAUUGAUGUUAUGGAUAACAAAGAUAUGCGUCUCGACGGAAGUACCAGUUUUCAAUCAGCAGUGACGCCCGCGACGACCUAUACCAGUCCUUCAGGUUCUAACAAGCGUAGUUGGGUAUGGGCCCAUUUCAUCGAAAUCGACAACGGGACUUCAGUCAAAUGUACAGUCGCAAAACGUGGAGGCGAUCCGUGUGGAAGAGUGCUGAAGAAGGACAAGACGGGGAGCACGAAGAGUAUGCAUGAACAUCUGAUGGCGCUCCACAAGCUGGGUGAUCCUCAAAAACGAGCAAGAACCGAGGCCUCGAUCGAUAAGUAUUUGGCGAAGAAUGCGAAAUCGAUUCCACACGUCAGAGAGAUGUGUGAAUCACUUGCUUCCCAAGGAAAGAGCUUAGAGGUUGCUCUGGAUAACACUUCGGCUGACUGGGUCAACUCAAAUGACCCCUUGCAUCCUGCGAACCUGAUCUGUGAACUCUGCCGAAAUUUUUACCAACUCGGCUGGGUGACUGGGACCGGUGGCGGGAUCUCAAUCCGACAAAAGGAUCACGUCUUCAUCGCGCCAUCUGGUGUGCAGAAGGAGCGUAUGAAGCCUUGUGAUAUCUUUAUCCUCGACCUGUUCACCCGCGAGCAACUCCGAAGACCUUCGACCCCUCUGAAGCAAUCGGCGUGUACCCCGCUCUUCUUCAAUGCGUACGAACAUCGUAGCGCUGGCGCAUGCAUCCAUACACACAGUCAGCAUGCGGUCAUGGCGACCUUGCUUUGGCCAGGUCAAGAAUUCCGUUGUAGUCACUUGGAGAUGAUCAAAGGCAUGAGAGUCAAAGGCACUGAGAAAGCGAUGAGUUACUUGGACACUCUGAUCGUUCCCAUCAUCGAGAACACGCCUCAUGAAGAGGACUUGCGUGAGGAUAUGGAAAAGGCAAUGUUGCGAUACCCUGACGCUCCGGCAGUUUUGGUUCGUCGACAUGGUACCUAUUCGUGGGGAAAAGACUGGGAGCAAGCCAAGUGCCAAGCCGAAUGCUUGGAUUACUUGCUAGAAAUGGCAGUCAAGAUGAAAAUGGCCGGCCUUCCGACCGAAGUUCAAACCGACCGACCGGCAAUCGAGCCCUCAUUAGCGGCUCAAUAGGGCCAUCUUUGUUGUGCGCGGGUUGACCAUGAUGUCGACUUAUCGGAUAUAACCUUGAUCUUAGGAGAGUAUCUGCGCUCCUGGUAUCUCCUCUACCUUGCCAUCUAUCCCCACUUUCAUUCCCGAAUUACUCUUUUCUCUCGAUCGUUCUCAGCGGAAUCCCCACAUGCCGCUUACACAUGUUCACCUCGGCUUCCCUACAGGAAAAAAGAGAGCCAGAGAGAAGAAGAGAAUAAAAAAAGCCAAUCACAGGAGAAAAAUAUCACUAUAGUCUUAUCCUUGUCUCAUCUUUUUCUCCAUAUAUCUAUUUUUUCCCCCUUUUUUUCUAUCUUUCAGUUUCACCUUCUCUCAACCCCGCGCACGAUUUGUUUACACAUACCCGUUGUUUGUUGGACGAUUGAUGAGCCCGUGUGUUGAGAAUCCAAACAUGUAUGCCACUUGAGAAGUCAUCCAACCAACCCCCCCUCCCCCCAAUAAAAACGUUAGUACAUAGAUGGUACUAUUGAUCUCCUGCGGAUGUGAUGAUUUUGUGCCCUUUUUUUCAGCUCUCAUACAUAUAGCGAAAGAUGUAGCUCAAUCACACAUGGGCUCUUUCUGUAUAGCGCUUGUAUAUUUCUAUAUCUUGGUAUGGAAAACCAUUUUUUUUUAU